CCCUCCCCGCCCGGCCCGAGCCCUCCCGCCCUCGCCCCCGCACGCCUCCCCUCGCCCAGUCUCUGCGAAGCGGCGCCAGCCUCCUCGGGGAGCGGCCGGGGGAGGCGCCGGGUUCAUGUUCCGGGUCGCUGAGCCUACCCCGACCCGAGCUCAGGCGGCGAGGAAGAGCUGGCAUUUCAGUAGGACUAUGGAGGAGCUGGUUCAUGAUCUGGUCUCCGCACUGGAAGAAAGUUCAGAGCAAGCCAGAGGAGGUUUUGCUGAUACUGGAGAUCAUUCUCGAAGCGUGUCUUGUCUUCUAAAGAGACAGGCAAGGAAAAGGAGGGGACGGAAAAGACGUUCAUUUACCACCCAUCACCCCUGGGAGACUGGUCACUGCCUAAGUGAAGGCUCUGAUUCCAGUUUAGAGGAAUCAAACAAAGACUACAGGGAGAGUCAUGCUACCAAGAAAGACCACAGUGAUUCUGAUGACCAGCUGUUGGUUGCUAAACGUAGGCCUUCCUCAAACUUAAAUAACAUUAGAGGCAAAAGACCUCUUUGGCACGAACCAGAUUUGGCUGUGGACAGUUUGGGAAACAGAACUUUGCGCCGGAGGAGAAAGGUAAAACGCAUGGCAAUAGAUCUGCCAUCAGAAGUCUCUAAUGCACUGACAAUAACUCAGCAGCAGGAUAACAGCAGAGAUCAAGAAAUGGACAAUAACAAUAAAUCAUACCAGCACCAAGAGUUUUCCAAGAGCAAAGUGAAAAAAAGAAAAGUAUCUGCAGCUCGCCAAGGUCCAGAAAUCUUGGAUGAAGGAGUAGUUAUAGAAAAUGAAGAAGUGAAUCAAGCAAAUAAGGACAAAAUGGAAUAUGAGGAGCAAAAAGGCUCAGAUGAGAACAUGAGUGACAGUGAAUCCAGCAGUCUGAGCAGCAGUGAUGCUGGUUUGUUUACCAAUGAUGAGGGAAGACAAGGUGAUGAUGAGCAGAGUGAUUGGUUUCAUGAAAACGAACCAGGUGGAGCAUGUGGAAUUACAGGGGUCAUUCCAUGGUGGGAACAAGAAGACUCCACAGAACUGGAAAGAGAAUUGCCUGAUCCAGUCUUUGAAAGCAUCUUAACUGGUACUUUUCCUCUUAUGUCCCGCUCAGGGAGGAGAGGUUUCCAGAGUAGAUGUAGUCAUCUUCAUGGAGUGCCUGCAAGAAACAUAAAAAAGGCUUCAGGAAACCAUAAUGCUCUGGUAGGUGUUUUCAUUUUUGCAAGCUCAUGUGCACUGUUCUGAGAGGUUUUUAGAAAAGCAAAGGAAAAAGUUUUCAGUGCAGGUGGAUGUAUAUAAGUUACUAUUUUCAGUAUAGAUUUUAUGUCUAUAUGAAAACAUGUUUCACUUUUGUGAUGAAAAUCAAAUCAAUUUCUUUUCUGAUAAUAAAAAAACUUCCAGGAUGCAUUGUGGUACAAUUCAAGUAAUUUUUUAUCUCAAAAAACUGCUUUGAAAAAUAUGUCCCUGUUUUCUUUUUUUUUGGUUUACACCUGUGUUGUCAGGCAAAAAAGGUAUAUAUAUACAAAAAAAAAAAAAUAAAGCAGCUUAUCUAUGUGCCUGCCAUAGAGAUCAUGCAUUUCUUUGGACUGAGCCUGUUCUAAAGCUGGAACUACAAAUAGGAUGUUUGGGGUUUUUUAGUACCUACAGCCCUAGGAGCAAUGUUUAUAAGUAGAGGAAACAAUUCACCUGUCUUUGCAUUUCUGUUCAAUCUAAUACUUGGAUUUUCUUACAGCUUUUGUCUAAAAUAAGUUUCUAAUAAUAGUUUUUUUAAUUUUUCUUUGGAGAAGGUCAUGAUGCGACAAGACAUUUGACUUUUUAAAUUUAAAAAAAAUUAUUAUUUAUAGCCCAGUCUAUUUCUUUCUUAUAAGAAGAAUGUUUAGAAGAAGACAAGAAUGGGGGAGAUCCUUUAUAAGGUGUAAUAAACAUAGGCCACGACAAUAAAUACUGCAACACAGAUAUUCUUUAUUAUUUGUCAACACUAAAUACUUUCAGAUUUAAGUUGCUUACACUACAUAAGUUGCUUCUGAGAAAUGUAAGAGUUACUAUAUCUAGAGAAUAGAAAGGAGCUGCUAGAAAUUUAAUUCGUUUUGAAGAGGCAAGGUUUUUGUAAUUCAAGUUCCUGUCCAAUAAUUGCUAUUUGGAGCUGAAUAAGAUGCUUUAAAACCUUGUCCUGUGAUCUCUGCUGUUAGUGGUCGUGAAUUAGAUGAAUGCUAUCUAGUUCUUGGUUUCCUAUCUACCUAUUUUUAUUUUUGGUUCAGUGCUUGCUUGAGCAUAUCUGGGAUUUGUAGCCCAUUUUCUAGGCUUAUUGCAAUUUCACUCUGGUAUUUUAUAGGAGCUAUUAUAACUGAUAGGUUAGCUUCAUGGUACUGAUGAUACAUGGCUUAACUACUCUAAAACCUUCCUUUUCAUCUAAAUUGUAAAAAGGUGAUUAAAUUUCAAUUGAUGAAGAUAUACUGUGAAUGCAUGUAUAUAAUAAAAAAUCCUAAUGUUUAUUUUCUGCUAUGCUUUCUGCAUUGUCCUUAGGAGCCCAUUUUGUCUUCCAGUCAUGAUAUCCCAUAUGUAAUGAUGGUUUUGUAGUUCCCUUUAUAACAAAAAUCCAGGCCAAUCUACUAAAGACUGAUAAUUCAGUUACCUCCAGUUAUUAAAUAUAUCAUUUGCAUGAUAUUGUGGAAGAAGGUUGGCAUGUGAAUGUAGCUUCUGAGUCACUAUUUAGGCAGGAAUCGAAAAUAGAAGGGAUGUGCUGUUAGCUCUGCAGAUGCAGUUUUCUGACCUCCUUAAUAACUAUUUAUGUUUAUGGGCACAUCUGCUCUAUCUAUCUUUGUAAAUAUAAACCAGAGCUCAUGUGCUUCCUUUUGUCAGUGAUUCCUUCUUAAAGGAAAGCUUCUUUAGAUACUUAAAUCCAAUGAAAAAAAAGGCAUUUAAUACCUGUGACAUCUGAUAGCACAGAGCAAGAAGUAAUUACUACUAUUAGAUGGUAACAGUGAAGAGCAAGAAUGCUUUAAGAAAGAUUAAUAUCCUGAGGAAAGAACACUGCAGACUCAAGUUAUUGAACAGAAUUGUGGUGUGAAUGAAUUCUCUUCUAGCAGCAAGGAGUCUGAUGUCUGUAUCACUGCUUUUACACAUACCUGAAGGGGAGACAGUGUUUAAAAAAAAAAAAUACACUACCUAAAAGAUACACAUUAUAUCUUCUGUUCAGUCUAAGGAUAUGUAAUUUGUAUCCAAGGAAUGUGAGAAUGCAGUUGGCCUUUUUCAUACAGUCAAGGCUGAAGCUUUUUGAAAAGCUUGGUUGAAGGCUCACAAUUAUAGAAGCCAGCAAAGCCUGGUUUGGGGAUCACAGGUUUGGGGAAGGCAGAGUGAAGAACUAUGAUAAUGCCUCGAUAUACCCUCAUCCAGUCUCAGGAAAUGUUUAAUGCCCAACUGUUUGGGUGGUUUUUUGUAAGAGAAAUGACAGGCUAGGAGUGGGACUAUUGCUUGCUGUGGACCAAGGAAACUGCUUGCUCACCUCAUGUUCACAGUACAGUGGCAUCUGAGCAUCAGAGGAAGAAUGCUGCUCUUUAUGGACCAGACAGUAAACUUGAAUUUGAGGUAGCCACAGCUGGCACUUAGAUUCUCUGCAGAAGCCCUUCCUGUGUUUCACAGAUGAGUUGCUUAAUUUGAGCAAACUUAUGGGUCUUCCUUUAAUCAGGUGUACUGCCUCUGAGUCAAAACACUUUUUUAAUAAUCACACAAUGCUGGACGAGAAAGAGAGAAGUAAAAAUCUAGCAUGCACAUACUUUAAAAAUCCUUACCUACUCCAAUGUGCAGGUUGAAUGAGUUAUACAGCAGAUGACAACUGAAAAGGCUGAGCAAGAAAAUGAAAAUAAACAAGAAAAUAUUCAAUACUACUGGCUUACAGCCUUUCAAUUGUCCAGUUCAUUUAAGAUAGCCACGUUUUUAAUGGAAUCUGUAAUUAAGUAGUUUGUCAUGUAUGUAUUUUGGGUUGCAACUAUAAUGGUGGCUUUUCAUAUCUUCAUUGCUUUGUUUUGUGACAGCAAACUAUAUUUGAAAAGAAAUAGAAAAGCAUAUGGUUUCUCUAAUACUGUGCCAAGUUGAUAGUAGUAGCUUUGUAGUUAAAAUGAGGAAAAUUAUACUUUUGCUUUUAUAUUUAAUGUACUCUUCUAAUAAGGUACAUAUUGCAUCAAAUCUUAUUGCUUUAUGUUAGGAAAAGGCAGAAGUCCUGCAAUUUAGAGGUACUGUUCCAUGAAUGAAACACUUGAUUUCUUAGAAGGAAUGCUUUUUUCUUCUGUUCUUUAUGUUUAUAUACUUGGCACUCAUCUAGUGACAUAUAGUUUAUAUGCACGUCACUUUUCUACUCCUGUAUCUGUGUUCUUUCUAGCAAAUGGCAUGUAAUCUUUUCUAUUUCGUAGAGUAAAAUGUGAAAUCUAACAUUUUGGAUGCAUUGGAAGUGUAAAGGUUUAUUUCUAUGAUGUAGAGUACUAAAUUACCUCUUUACCUAAAAUGAUUGAGGUUGUCAUUUUUUUCUCAGAUGGAUUCCUGGGGAGAGCAUAAAACCCUUUUUUAAGAAAAUAAGUUAAUUAUAGAUAGUGAAAACAUAACAUGACUAUUUUAUCAUUUUCUUCAAAAUGUUUUGCCCAGCUUAGUAUUCAAGUGAAAAUUUUGACUUUCAUUCACAGUUCCUCCAUACAAAUAAGUGGAAAUUGUUUUAAUAAGUUUUAAGAAUGAGUGCUGCUGUUUUAGCUAUUCCUUGUGUGAUUCUAGGCCCUGUUUCUUCUCUGAGACAGAGAGAAACAUUGCAGGGUUUUGUUUAAAAGCUCUUCUGUGUCAUCUCUUCCUCUCUGUAUUCCCUGUCUGGGCUGGAAGCUGGUAAGUGAUUCCACUGAGCUAAAGUGCAAAAAACAUGACCAAUAAAAAAAGAUGCUUUCUUUUGACUGCCAAUUUUUCCAUCCAUCGCCUUUGUGUUGUGGGGUUUGGUUUCAUUACAUUAGACAGCUUGUAUUAAGUCUUGCACUCCUGGAUUGAUUUAUUUUUUUGCACAGCUGUGCUACUGAGCUUGACUAUACACAGUUGUAAUUAUUCAAAAUGUGUUUAAAGGAUGAAAGCUAUGUUUCCAGGACCUGUUAUCUGAAGGUAUCUGGGUAUUUCUGUCAAAUCCUGUGCCUUUUUUUCAAAAAGUUCAAAGAUAAAAGCUUUUCUUGAAAAAAUUGUUGACAGAUUAACAGUCUAUUGACAUUAGGAGAAAAGAUGCAUUAAGCACUCGUGCUGUUUUAAAUAGCUUUCUAAAUGUAAAAUGAAAUCAAACAUUUCUGCUUCUAAGUUCUUUCUAACUGAAGAAACAGCCAGGUGUUUUCAGGAGCUUUUUUUUCUAGUCAAAAUAUUUUGGAAAUAAAGUGAAAUGUUACUGGGUAAGAAAUCUUGCUAUAGAUGCAAGGAAUAUUUCCUUAAAGAAUAAUUUGGGCACUCUUUUUACAAUAUUGGUCAGAAGCCUCUUUGGAUACUCUGCAACUUUUGAAAGAACACUUCUUUUCAAAUUGAAGUGUAUUUGGUGAUGUGGAGGAUUUGUUUGCAUUGGAUGAGUGGUGUACAGUCAGAUAAAACAAUGAAGUAUCAGCAAGGUGCAUGAAAUAAUUUGUCUUUGUGUAAUUAUUUUAUUCAGUUAAUGAUUUUCUGUCAUUUGGAGCAAUAGUCUCUAUAUCAAAUUCUGUGGAAAUGUGAUGGUAUUAGAUUAUAACAAAACUAAACAUGCUGAAUUCCACACUUUGAUUCAUUCAUGAGGAGGACUGUUAGGCCUCUGAGGGUAAGGUUUUGAAACAUUAUGCUGCUAAAACUGCAAAUGAAUUUACCAUUAAACAAGUAAGGAGUGUAGGGUUUUUUGGGUUUUUUUUGAAAUGGUUUUAUUAAGAUUUCCUGUAGUCAGAAAUACUCUCAGCUACUGAAAACAUUUCUCAGUAUGUUUUUCCUUUUUUUGUUUGUAAUUACCUUAAAUGGAUAUUUACUUAUGCAAAAUGUAGUGAAUGUCAUGCUCUUUUAAUCCUCUCUUUAACUCAAUACCUUAGUUUUACAACGUAGAGGGAUAAAACUUCCUUAAGGAGAGGUUGGUUUCCUGUACCUAUGUGUGUCCUGCAGAUAUGUUUUUUUCAGGCAGAAAAAUCCAGGUUGUUAGGAGAGGAGAUGCUGCUGUGAUGUCAGUGUAAGCCCCACCCUUGAUUCUUCCAGUGUUCACUAACUAUUAGCAAAAAUACUAGUUUUCCUGAGGAAUGAGUCAAGUGGAACACUUCUAGACUUCAGAACUUAGUCAUGUUGAAAUAGCUUUAUUUUAUGAGAAAACAAUAGUUUGACAUCUAGCAGAAGGUGUCCCUUCCCAUGGCAGCAGGGCUGAACUAGAUGAUCUUUCCCUUCCAACCCAAACCUUUGAACCAAAGGGGAAGAAAGCUUCAGUCAAAUUUCAAAACCUCAUCAUAAACAAUGUAGGUUUCAAAAUUAAAUAUAAAUAUUGUGGAUAAUGUUGAGGUAUCUGUGAUAUUUUUAACUUCAUCUAUAGGUUUUUGGAGGAACUACUCACUGUGCUUACACGUUUUAAUCCUCACCAUGUAUUCCACAUAGCAAGAGCUUCUUUUUUCCACAAAUUAAUUUUCCAGUGCAUUUUUGCUAAAGCUUUCACUUACACCAGUGCAAGCCUAAUGUAACUUCCAUCUGCUAUGGGAAGCACCUGAUGGAGGAUUAAAGCUGCUUAGUGACUUUCAUAAUGGCUUAGUGUACUUCCUCAUUGAAAGGAUCCUAAUUACACCUGUAUCAUUUUUCAUGGUAGGUCAGUUCUCAAAGUGCUUCUCAUCACUAAUAGCGCCAGUAGUAGUGUCCAUAUGUAAGGCACAGUUGGUUUGUAUGUGAUUGUUCAAGGCAGAGCACUGCAAUUAAUAGGUCAGGUUUGUCAGUGUUGAUGUCAUUGUUAUGAAGGGCUGUGAUUUUUACCUAUCACUUACAAGAUUUGUGCUUAACUGAAGUCUACUUCACAAACUGUUUGCAUUAAGUGACAGUGAUUUUUGUGUCACCUGAAAUUGUCUAAUGAAAAUCUUCAAUUAUCGUGGUGUCAUCAAACCAGUAAAGAGGCACAAAUGAUACCACAGCAUUUGUCUCGCUAGAAGCUGCAGUUCAUUAGUCAGAAAAGAGUUACUGGGUUUUUUAUUUGUUCUUCUGUAUCACUUACCUUGUAAAUUAGAGUGUAGAGUCUUGAAUUGUAUCCUGCCUUGAUUCUUACAAAAUCUGUGACUAUCAAGAAAAAAAAAAAAUGGUUUACAUGCAGCAGCCAAUUAAUAGCUUGUGGAGAUAACAAUUGUACUUUAUCAAAUAUAAGUAUCUUUCAAAAUACUUAACAAAAUGUAAGUAUCUUUCAUGUAUAACCACGAAAAGAGAUAACUCUGUGUCACAAAGCUCACAAUGCUUUUUCUUGGUAUAGUUGACCUGCAGUGACAAUCAAAGCAUAGCCUUAAACUAUCAAAGAUUAACUUCUGUCUAGCUGAAGUGAAUGUGGUGACUUAGUCUCUUCUUGGACUCUCAAGUAUAGUGUCAAAACCAGCAUCCCACUUCAGCAAAGCGGUUGCCCUCCAGCAUUAGUCUCAGAAAUGCCAAAUGUGCUGCUUAGUUUUUUCGAUGCAUUCUGUGGUUUAUUCAUGGUGACAAGUGUUAUGAACUGUUAGGCUAAGCAGUAUUUCUUGUAAUUCACCUCAACCCAACCGCUCCAAUGAUUGUCAUCUACAAUUUCACUUAAGUUUAUUUUUAAGGAGGACAAAUAGCAUUAUGAUAUCCCUUUCAUUCUUCAGUUAGUGUCUGUCUUGAAAACACAUUUAAUACAAUUUUACAGCAGUCUUUACAGAUAAUAAUGAUUUUUAAAACCUCUGACCUCACAAUAUGAAGCAACAUGAUUAUUCGUCUUGUUUUCUGCCACUUUAAAAGAAAUCCUACUUUCUGGUGUGUGGCUGUAUGAAAUGUUUCUUCUCUAGACGUUUGGAAUUUGCUUAUUUUGACUUCCCAAGUGCUAUGGGUUCUUUGAUGUUUUAUGUUUUUUUGCAAUUCUAAUGGAAAAAAUAAAUCCUUUAAAUGUAAUUGCACUUAAUAUAUUUUCUGCAAGGAUUUCACUGUUGUAUCUCUUUUGGAAACUUAUUAAUGCCUCAAGAGCAGCAUUUUGAACAGUUAAUGGUAGAACAGCAUCUUGUAUCCAGAGUCAAGUUAGGUGCUGGAUUUCCUUGUGUUGAGCUUGAUGGGGGAGUUGAUCCUUUAAUGCUGAGAAUAGGUAGUAAAACAUAUGUAAUAGGCAAGGAACACCUGCACAGAUACUAUGGUUUACCUGAUAAGCAACAUCUCAUUUAUUUUGUAAUAACAUCAUAAACAUGAAGUAAAUCAUGAAAAUCAUGCCAGGAAUUUCAGCUAACACAUUGGGUUUUUAUUUCUUAACCAAAAACAAGUACAGUUCCUAAACACUUGGAAGUUUCUUGGUAAUUCAACUCAUAGUAGCUCAUUCACAUGAAUAGGUUUUUCCAUCAGGGCUGUUGAUAGGUGGAACAACUUGAAAAUAUUUUUUUUAUGUUGCCUUUCAUAUGGUGGUCAUCUAUAAUGAAUAUAGCCACUUUAGAGGUCCAGAGGUAAGAAGAGGAUUUCCAUUAGGUAUCUAGAUUAAGCCUAUUAAGUGACCACCUAUAUUUGUUCUAAGAUAAGCAGUUGAUAUUCAGAUGCACUCAUUUAUUUUCUUCAUUGGUUCUGUUAGAAUUUCAUUUAUGUAAUACAUAUUCCAAAAA